AUGGCAUCGCUACCAGUGGACUUUUACGUCAAAGCCAUACAGUUUACGAAGAACGUUCACAGAGAAGAAUACUCAGCAAUCAACCCCACAAACCCCGAGCUCUCUCUCGCGGGCAAGGUCGUGAUCAUCACUGGGGCCAGCCGUGGAAUUGGUGCAAGGGGACUCGUCCCUGCCUUUGCAAAAGCCGGGGCCAAGGCUCUGGUUCUCGUAGCCCGGGAUGAGGCGAAACUGAACGCUGUCGCCAAAGAGGCGAAGAAGUUGAACUCAGACCUUGAGACGCUCGUCUAUCCCGUGGACAUGGGCGAUGAGGCGGGAAUCAAAGCGCUCUUCGAAAAGGUCAACGCGACCUAUGGUCACGCGGACGUCUUGGUCAAUAACGGCGGCGUGAAAACGGAGCUCAAGACCAUCUUGACUAGUGAUCCCAAGGCUUGGAUGGACGACCUGAACACCAACAUUGGCGGCGCCUUCUACCCGACCUUCUACUUUCUGAAAUCCCUCCCCGCAACCUCCCACGGCACCAUCAUCAACUUCACCACCAUUGCGCACUGGGUCGUGCCGACCAUGAGCUCCUACGCCCUCGCCAAGCUCGCUAGCCUGCAGCUCGCGGCCUACGUCGCCGGCGAGACCGCCGAGCAGGGCAACGUCACGGCCGUCGGGCUGCACCCGGGCCUGGUCCACACGGACAUGACCUACAAACACUUGCGGCCCUUUGCGCUGGACUCGCCCGAGCUGGUGGGCGGGACGGCGGUGUGGCUGUGUUCGGAGAAGGCGAGGUUCCUGAAUGGCAGGUUUGUGGCUGCCAACUGGGAUGUGGAGGAUCUCUACGAGCGGAGAAAGGAGAUUGUGGAGGAGGGUAUGUUGAAGAUUGACGUGACGGGCAAGCUCGGUGCUGAGCAGUUUGACUGA